CCAGUUGGUGAGUUUAACCCAUCUUAAUCUCGCUUAUAAUGACUUCGAUGGCUUGAUCCCGCAUCAAAUCCAUCUCCUAUCAAGUUUGGUUUCACUUGACCUUUCCUUUUACGAUUUCCAAUUAAGAUUUGAUGACCAAGGUUUUGACAUGCUUGCAAGAAACUUGACCAAAUUAAGAAACCUUGUGCUUCGCACUGUAGAUAUGUCUGAUGUUGCACUCACUUCCUUUCUAAACUUGCCUUUAUCACUUGAACAUUUGAGUCUCCGUUGGUGUAAUUUACAUGGGGAAUUCCCUACUCAAGUUUUUCAGCUUCCAAACCUCAAAGUUUUAGAUUUAAGUAUGAAUAAAAAUCUCACAGCUUAUCUCCCUAACACAAGCUGGAGUAGUGGCCUUGAGUUGUUGGACCUUUCCCAUUGUGGUUUGAGGGGGUCAAUUCCAGCAUCAUUUGGAAAUCUCACUCAAAUCAUUUCCGUUGAUUUAUCAGGAAAUUCGCUUGAAGGACAGAUUCCAGAUGUUUUUGGAAACCUCAGAAAAUUAACUUUUUUGAGCUUUUUUUCAUGCAGUUUGAGUGGUCCACUUCCAAUAGCUAUCUUCAACCUUACAAAAAUUACCCGUUUGGAUUUGUCAUACAAUCACCUGGAAGGUCUCUUGCCAAAUCAUGUUAGUGAGCUUCAAUUGCUAGAGGAACUUGGGUUAUAUAAUAACUCUAUAAGUGGUGGAGUACCAUCUUGGCUGUUUACUCUGCCAUCUCUUCGACGUUUGGACCUCAGUUAUAACAAACUAGUUGGUCCGAUUGAUCGAAUUCAGAAGCUUAGUUCCAUCCAAGAGGUUGAUUUGAGUUAUAAUAACAUUGGUGGUCCAAUACCCGAUUCCAUUUUUGAUCUUGUGAACCUUAUUUCACUUGAUUUGUCAUUAAACAACUUGAGUGGUCCAAUACCGGCUUUCAUUUUUGAUCUUGUGAACCUUAAUUCACUUUAUUUGUCAUCAAAUAAGUUGAGUGGUCCAAUACCAGAUUUCAGUUGUGAUCUUGUGAACCUUACUUCACUUGAUUUGUCAUCAAACAACUUGAGUGGUCCAAUACCAGAUUCCAUUUUUCAUCUUGUGAACAUUUCUGAUCUUUAUUUGUCAUCAAACAACUUGAGUGGUGUGAUCAAGUCAGAUAUGCUUUCAAAACUCACGAGUCUUUUUGCUCUUGAUGUUUCAAGUAAUAGUUUAUUAUCAUUAAGCACAAGCGGCAAUGAUGUGAACUAUUCUUUCCCCCGGCUUGAAAGUGUGAACUUCUCUGGUUGUAGCGUAAGGCAGUUCCCGAAUUUCUUUCGAACAUCGAACUUGAAAUAUUUAGAUCUUUCCAAUAACAUGAUUUCUGGUGGAAUUUCCAAAUGGGAAGCUGAAGGGUGGGAAGGAUUGGUAACGUUGGACCUUUCUCAUAACUUUUUGACUGCUUUGGAGUAAUUUCCGGGAAACAAUUUGGGAUAUCUCAACCUUCAUUCCAACUUGCUUCAAGGACCAAUUCUCUCAACUUACUUGAAUCCUCAAAUUCCAAUUUUAAAGGAGUUGGAAGAGUUCAUCAUUUCAGGGAAUAAAUUGACAGGAAACGUCCCUUCUUCUAUUUGUAAUUGGAGUUCACUUGCUCUUCUGGAUUUGUCCGAAAAUAGCUCCAGUGGAACUAUUCCUGAUUGUCUUGGAAAUUUAAGCUAUCUCAGGACCUUAGAUUUGCAAUUGAACAACUUCAUUGGCAAAAUCCUUAAUUCUUUUCUGAAUAAUUGUCUGAGGCGUCUUUUACUCAAUAACAAUCAAUUGGAAGGAUUAGUACCAUCAUCUUUGGCUAAUUCUACUUAUUUGGAACUUUUAAAUUUAGGGAACAACAAGUUAACGGAUAGAUUUCCCCGUUGGUUAGCUUCGCUUUCAAUUCUGCAAGUUCUUAUCCUGAGAUUUAAUAGAUUUUAUGGAUCAUUGCCUCAUUCCAUAAUUUCAUCUAACUUCUCUGCAUUGCAAAUAAUUGAUCUCUCUGCAAAUGUGUUCACAGGUACAUUGCCCACGAAACUCUUACGAAAUUUGAGAGCAAUGAAAGAUAAACCUAGAGAGUGGUUAACCUACUCAAAUUCAUAUUUUUUGAAUUCAUGGGACAAGUCAGUUUUACUUAUGAAAUUCCUGUGAAUGUAACAACGAAAAGAUUGGAGAUGGAAUUGACAAAGACCUUGGACAUUUUCGUAUCUAUGGACUUGUCAAACAACCAAUUCUUUGGAGAAAUUCCUGAGGAUGUUGGGCGGCUUAUUUCCUUGCAAAUGCUCAAUUUCUCUCACAACAAUUUCACUGGUCCUAUCCCAGCAUCAUUUGGAAAUUUGGUAGCACUUGAAUCAUUGGAUCUUUCAUCAAACAAGUUUAGUGGCGGGAUUCCUUCUCAAAUGACGAAUCUAACAUUUCUUGAAGUAUUGAAUCUUUCAAUCAACAAACUUGUUGGACCAAUUCCUCAUGGGAAUCAAUUGGAUACAUUUGAUAAUGAUUCCUACAGCGGUAACUUGGGAUUGUGUGGAUUACCAUUAUCCAAGCAAUGUGUCAACCAUUGGGGGCCCGACCCGCCUUCACCAUUAGUGGUGGAACAUGAAGGUUCUAAGAUACCCUUCUUUUGGCAAGUCGUAAUGAUGGGGUAUGGAAGUGGAGUAGUGAUAGGACUGAGCCUGGGUUACAUUGUAUUCACAACUGGAAGACCAUGGUGGUUUGUUAGAAAGGUGGAGAGAGAUUGGCAAUACAAUUUCACGAAGUGGGUACAAAGAAAUAAAGUAAGAAGAAACUAGCUCUGCAUCCAACAUCUUGCUUACGUAAGUUUUGUAACAUCCCGAAAUAGGGCCUAAACGGAACAGUGGUUGCGAAACCACAAAUCCGAGGUAGAAUGUAACAGCCUAAUUUUCAGUGGUGUCAAAAAUGGUGAUUUGAGAUCACUAAAUCGGACAAAUAAGAUUGAACAAGAUAGUAACUUAAUAUUUAUGAGUCAAGUAAGAAUUUAGAAGAAUUUGUGAAAUGGUGAAAUUAGUGAAUUAAAAUAAUUUAUUAGGUCAGACGGGUCAAAAACGAGGUAUCGAGACCUCGAAUUUGAAAAUCGAGCUAUAAAUAUUUUUAUAAAUAUUUAUGAAGUGUCAUUGAGUUAGUAUUAAAGUUUCGUUAGAAAAUUUUGAUGUUUGGAUAGCUAAUUAAUUAAAAGGACUAAAUCGAAAAUAGCUCAAAAUUUGUUAAAUUGUGAGUAAAUAGCUUAAGUAUUUAAAAAGAUGGAUUUAAAGAGCAAUUAGACCCAAAGGUUAAUGGCUGGACGGUUUGGGUAUGAAAUAAGCAAGAAAACAAUGUGAACAAGGGACAAAAUUGGAAUUAGCAUAAAAGUUAAUAGUUAAAAAAAUGAUGUAAUUGAAAAUCUAGACAUUUCUUCAUCUUUCUCAGCCAGAAACGCCGUAGCAGGUCUCCUAUGCUGGUUUUUCAUAUUUUUGCACCAUAUCAAGAAUCCAAAGAAGAACGAGGAAAAGAAAAAGUAAAGGACUAAAUUGUAAGGUUUAGUCACAUUUUGUAUCAAGUACUUAUCUAGUCACUCGGGAUCGAAGGAAAUGUCGGAGGCCGAUCACACUAUCAAAGAAAUAACUCGGUAUAACUAGACGUUUUGUUUUGGUGGCAUUGGAAGUCAAGAUUGAAUUGGAUGGAAAGAUUCAGUAUUUCAGUUCCUUGGGAAUGAUUUGAAGAAAUAAGUGGGGGUGUUGUGAAUUUAACAAAUUAUAUUAGUGUCUUUGUGUUCAUCAUAAUUUCUAAAUUUGUAUUUGUAGGUGUUGUGUAGUUAUGUUUGUUCCAAGUAAUAUUAUCAUUUCUUUCACAUGGUUACUAUAUUUGAUAUAUUAUUGAGUUGAUCAAAA